AUGAACACAAGGGACAGAUUAAAAAGAAAAUCCAUUAUCACAAACCUAGAGAUAGACUGGUUAAAUUAUAAAACAGCAAGAAACAAAGUUAAUAUUCAGCUAAAAAAUGCCAAAAAAGAUUACUACUCCACUAAGAUUGCUGGUCAAAAACACAACCCCAAAGAGGCGUGGAAAACUAUAAACAAUAUAUUAGGUAGGCAAAGCAAACCAACAGUUGUAAACGAGUUAAAAGUAGGUGAAAAUAUCUUGACUAAUACCCAAGAUAUUGCUGAGGGGUUUAACGAUUACUUUUCAAAUAUUGGCCCUGAUCUUGCUAGCAAAAUUGAUUCUACAAAUUUCAACUAUGAAACAUAUGUUGAGAAUGCUAAAUCAGAAUUCGCUGCGUUCCAGCAAGUCACUGUCCAGAAUGUCUACCAACUCUUACAUUGUCUUUCUAGCAAUAAAGCUACUGGAGUUGAUAAGAUUUCAUGCAAAAUUAUUAAAAUAGCUGCACCUGUCAUUUCAGAUUCCCUAACAUACAUAUUCAAUCAAGCUAUUACUCUAUCCAUUUUCCCUGAUGAAUGGAAAACAGCUAGAGUAAUACCUCUUUAUAAGAAUGGCCAACGAAACAUGCCAGGAAAUUACAGGCCAAUUUCAGUUUUGCCAACCAUUAGUAAAAUUAUGGAACGAAUUUUAUAUGAUCAACUAUAUGAUUAUUUAACUAAAUUUGGGCAUCUAAGUGAUUGUCAAUUUGGUUUUCGAAAAUUUCACUCUACAACUACAGCAUUACUGGACUGUACAAACGAGUGGUAUAUGAAUCUAGACAGGAAAAAAUUUAAUCUGGUAAUCUUAAUUGACCUAAAGAAAGCAUUUGAUACUGUUGACCAUCAAAUUUUAUUGAAAAAACUAGAGUUAUAUGGAGUAAAAGGGCAAGCCCUAUCUUUUGUCCAAUCGUAUAUCUCCAAUAGAAAGCAGAAAUGCCAAAUUCAAAACUCUCUCUCAUCAGAGAAACUGAUCAAAUGUGGAGUACCACAAGGCUCUAUUUUAGGGCCACUAUUUUUCCUACUAUAUAUUAAUGAUUUGCCUCAAUGUCUAUAUAAAACAAAACCUCGGCUGUUUGCUGACGAUACGAACCUGACAGCUUCUGGAGACUCUAUUACUGAUCUUGAGGCUGCAGUGAAUUCUGAUUUAGAAAAUCUUAGAAAAUGGCUAAUUGCCAAUAAACUUAGCCUAAAUGUAGCUAAGACAGAGUUUAUGUUAAUUGGCUCUAAACACAUGAUUAGAAGUAUUUCAGAUCUACAACUAAACGUUAAAAUUGAAAACGAAUCAGUUAAGCAAGUUCAUGAAUCCAUAACCCUUGGGGUGACAAUUGACCAGCAUUUAUCUUGGAAAAGUAACACUGAGAAUAUUUGCAAGAAAAUAACAUCCGGUAUAUCUGCUCUUAGACGACUGAAAGAAUUUGCUGAUAAGCAAGCCCUUCUUUCUGUGUAUAAUGCUAUUGUUCGCCCAUACUUCGAUUACUGCUGUGAA